CCUGGGUGUGUCUGCUGGCAGAUGGAGACCGAGGCCGUAGCGGGUGUUGGGGAUGGCGAACCCCGGCCUGGACCCGAACUCUUGGUGGCCUGGAAUACUGUGAGCACCGGUCUGGUGCCGCCAGCUGCGCUGGGGCUGGCAUCCUCUCGGACCAGUGGUGCGGUUCCACCAAAAGAGGAGGAGCUCCGCGCGGCGGUAGAGGUUCUGAGGAGGCAUGGUUUGCACUCUAUUCUGGAGGAGUGGUUCGUGGAAGUGCUACAGAACGACCUGCAGGCCAGCAUCGCCCCAGAGUUCUGGAAUGCCAUUUCCCAGCGUGAGAACUCUACUGAUGAGCUCCAGUGCCUUCUGCUUCUCCUCGACGCAUUUGGCUUGUUGGAGAGCCGCCUAGAUCCCUACCUGCGUAGUUUAGAGCUCUUGGAGAAAUGGACCCGUCUAGGCUUGCUGAUGGGCACUGGCGCUCAGGGGCUUCGGGAAAAGGUCCACACCAUGUUGCGCGGAGUACUGUUCUUUUCCACCCCCAGGACCUUCCAGGAGAUGGUCCAGCGCCUCUAUGGCCGCUUCCUGAGGGUUUAUAUGCAGAGCAAAAGAAAAGGAGAAGGGGGCACAGAUCCAGAAUUGGAGGGGGAGUUGGACAGCCGGUACGCCCGUCGCCGGUACUACCGUCUCCUGCAGAGCCCUCUCUGUGCGGGAUGUGGUAGUGACAAGCAACAGUGCUGGUGCCGCCAGGCACUGGAGCAGUUCCACCAACUCAGCCAGGUCCUGCAUAGACUGAGUCUGCUGGAGCGGGUCAGUGCUGAAGCUGUGACCACCACCCUGCAUCAGGUUACCCGAGAAAGGAUGGAAGACCGCUGCCGAGGCGAGUAUGAGCGUUCCUUCCUCCGAGAGUUCCACAAGUGGAUCGAGAGGGUGGUUGGCUGGCUUGGGAAGGUGUUCCUGCAGGACAGCCCCACCAGGCCAGCAUCCCCAGAGGCUGGGAACACGUUGCGCCGCUGGCGCUGCCAUGUACAGAGGUUCUUCUACCGCAUCUACGCCAGCCUGCGCAUUGAGGAGCUCUUCAGCAUCAUCCGAGACUUCCCAGACUCCCGGCCAGCCAUUGAAGAUCUCAAGUACUGUCUGGAGAGGACAGACCAGAGGCAGCAGCUGCUGGUAUCCCUCAAGUCUGCCUUAGAGACCCGGCUCCUUCACCCAGGCGUCAAUACAUGUGACAUCAUCACUCUCUACAUCUCUGCCAUCAAGGCACUGCGUGUGCUGGACCCGUCCAUGGUCAUUUUGGAAGUGGCUUGUGAGCCCAUCCGCCGCUACCUAAGGACACGGGAGGACACAGUACGGCAGAUUGUGGCUGGACUGACAGGGGACUCAGAUGGGACUGGGGACUUGGCAGUUGAGUUGUCCAAGACCGACCCGGCCAGUCUGGAGACUGGCCAGGACAGUGAGGAUGAUUCUGGAGAGCCUGAAGACUGGGUCCCUGAUCCCGUGGAUGCUGAUCCAGGGAAAUCAAGUUCCAAGCGGCGGUCUUCAGACAUCAUCAGCUUACUGGUCAGCAUCUACGGCAGCAAGGACCUUUUUAUCAAUGAGUACCGCUCCCUGCUGGCUGAUCGCCUCCUCCACCAGUUCAGCUUCAGCCCUGAACGGGAGAUCCGCAACGUGGAACUGCUGAAGUUGCGCUUUGGUGAGGCCCCCAUGCAUUUCUGUGAGGUCAUGCUCAAGGACAUGGCAGAUUCCCGACGCAUCAAUGCCAACAUCCGAGAGGAGGAUGAGAAGCGGCCUGUGGAGGAACAGCCACCAUUUGGGGUCUAUGCUGUCAUCUUGUCUAGUGAGUUUUGGCCCCCCUUCAAGGAUGAGAAGCUGGAGGUCCCCGAGGAUAUCAGGGCAGCCCUGGAUGUUUACUGCAAGAAGUAUGAGAAACUGAAGGCAAUGCGAACCCUCAGCUGGAAGCACACCUUGGGCCUGGUGACUAUGGAUGUGGAACUGGCUGACCGCACCCUAUCUGUGGCAGUGACCCCUGUACAGGCAGUGGUCUUGCUGUACUUCCAGGACCAACCCAGCUGGACCCUGGAGGAGCUGAGCAAGGUGGUGAAGAUGCCAGUGGCACUGCUGCGACGGCGCAUGUCUGUGUGGCUGCAGCAGGGCGUGCUGCGGGAGGAACCUUCAGGCACUUUCUCCGUCAUCGAGGAGGAGCGGCCUCAGGACCGAGACAACAUGGUGCUCAUUGACAGUGAUGAUGAAAGUGACUCGGGCAUGGCCUCCCAGGCUGAUCAGAAGGAGGAGGAGCUACUGCUCUUCUGGACUUAUAUCCAAGCCAUGCUGACCAACCUGGAGAGCCUCUCGCUGGAACGCAUCUACAGCAUGCUUCGCAUGUUCGUGAUGACUGGGCCCGCACUGGCCGAGAUUGAUCUACAGGAGCUCCAGGGCUACCUGCAGAAGAAGGUCCGCGACCAGCAACUUAUCUACUCUGCAGGUGUCUACCGACUGCCCAAGAGCUGCAGCUGAUGCACUCCUGCAAGCCCUGAGCCACAGCAUUCCUGCCUGUGUGACCCCUGGAUGGUCAGCCUGAGGCAUCUUCUGUCCUCACAUCCCUGUGCAGCACUCUCCCCUCCUUUAUUCCUCGACCGAGUCUCCUCCACACCCCUGUUCAGUCCCCCUUCAUGCCCCCGCCCACUCCUGCAGAGUACAGAUUAAAGCAGAUCAGUUCAUCCUUCCA